AUGGUAUCUCUCGAUUUUCUGGAUGAUGUGCAGCGGAUGAACAAGCAGCAGCUCUAUUAUCAAGUCCUACAUUUUGGAAAGACAGUCUCCUCGGCACUAAUGCUCUGGAAGGGGUUAACGGUUAUAACUGGAAGUGAAAGUCCAAUUGCGGUGGUGCACAGCAGCAGCAUGGAACGUGCAUUUCAUAGAGGAGAUUUUCUCUUUCCAGCAAGUCGAGUUGAAGAUCAUCCCGUAGGAGUGGAAGAAAUUCCCGAAAUUGUUGUUUUUAGGAUAGAAGGAAGAGAGGUUCCUAUAGUUCACCGAGUCUUGAAGAUUCAUGAAAAGCAAAAUGGACAUAGGAAGUUUCUGACCAAAGGAGAUAACAGUGUGGUUGAUGCCCGAGGCCUGUAUAAACAAGGACAACAUUGGCUAGAGAAGAACGAUGUUGUGAGGACAGCGAGGGGAUUUUACUCUUUUUGCUGGGUUUAUUUGUGCUGGUCCAUUGUGAGUAAGAAGUCUGCCUUGCUGUUCCUGGAAGAUGCUGUACUUUUUGUUCCUGAAUGUUUGGAGUAGAUAUCGAUCUGUGGUUGGUGGAAUGGAGAACACAUGUUGGCGCUUCUUGGUAGCCCUGGUUUGCAUUAAGUCUAUGUUUCCACGCCAGAGUACGUGUGGGCG